AUGAAUUCUGAAGGCUACGUAAGUCUUAAGUCGAUUGACCGGUGGUGCGAUUACUAUUCCAAAAACAAGUAUUUAAGAGGAAAACCACGUACACUAGACGACAGCAGACAGUUCAGUAAAAUUAAAAUUAAUCCUUAUUUAAAUAAAGAUUUUUGUAAGAAGGUUUCUCUUUACAGAGGAGAUAUAUCAAAAUUGGAGGUGGAUGCUAUCGUAAAUUCCGCCAACUCCAUUUUCAAACAUGACGGUGGAGUAGACUCUAUCAUACACGAUGCUGCAGGCCCUCUUUUGGAAGAAGAGUGCAGAACUCUUGGUGGAUGCCGUACUGGGGAUGCCAAGAUAACUGGUGCUUAUAAUUUGAGAGCUAAAUACGUAAUCCACACAGUAGGCCCUCAAGAUGGAUCACCAUCAAAACUGGAAUCGUGCUAUCAAAAAUGCUAUUCAUUUCAAAAAGACUACAAUAUUCGCUCGUUCGCCUUCCCCUGUAUUGCCACAGGAGUGUAUAAGUUCCCCAAUCGCUUGGCAGCAAAUAUUGCACUGAGUGUUACAAGGAAGUUUCUAGAAAGCCCUGAAUCUGCUGGAGUAGAACGAAUAAGGCGUGUUUCGGACACCACACAUGUAACAAUACAGCGCGUGAACAGAGUCGCUCCAGCCUAUGACCCGCUAAAUGUAGAAAAAACUAAAUAUGAUUCAUGGGAUAAGAGAAAUUUAUUCAAGGCUGAAAAUAAUUCUUCAAAGCCUAGAUUUAGUAUGAUUCUGCCACCGCCUAACGUCACCGGCAAACUGCAUCUAGGCCAUGCCUUAGCCUGUACAGUUCAAGAUGUUAUAGCAAGGCACAAGAGGUCCACUGGCCACAAUGUGCUCUGGCUACCAGGGAUUGACCACGCCGGGAUCGCCACACAGGGUAUAGUAGAAAAGCACUUAAAAAGUCAGGGGGUGAACCGACAAGAUAUUGGGCGAGAAGAGUUCGUGGAUGAAGUGUGGAAAUGGAAAGAGAAGCAUGGUCACACUAUUUUCAAUCAACUACGAACUUUGGGAUGUUCUCUGGACUGGUCACGACAAGCUUUUACUAUGGAUCCUGCACACACACGUGCUGUCAACAAAGCAUUUCUUGAUCUGUGCAAGCAAGGGUAUAUUUACCGAAAAAAGGCUCUGGUCAAUUGGUGCAAUGCUUUACAAUCCACUGUAUCGGAUAUUGAGGUUGAUAACAUACAAAUAUCUGGACCGACAGAUGUUAACGUACCUGGUUAUGAUUCACCAGUGAAAUUUGGUCAACUCUAUAAUUUGGUGUAUAAAAUAGAUGAUUCAACAGAAGAAAUUGUAGUGUCUACAACAACUCCUGAAACCAUGUUGGGCGAUACGGCUAUAGCAGUAAAUCCUAAAGAUGCGAGAUACUCCCAUCUAAGAGGUAAGAAAGCAGUGCAUCCGUUCCGAGAUACGUUGAUACCGAUAAUCUUUGAUGCGUUUGUUGACAUGAAGUUAGGCUCAGGAGCCGUUAAAAUCACACCCGCCCAUAGCAAAGUUGAUUAUGAAAUAAGCAAGCGUCAUAAUUUACCUCUAAUUGAAGUAAUUGACGAAGAUGGACUUAUGAAAAACACUGAAAUUUUCGAUGAUAUGAAAAAAUACACCUGUCGUGAAGAAAUAGUUCAAAAAUUGAAUGACAUGAAACUAUUGAAAGGAGUAACGCCACACCAAAUGACAUUACCGAUAUGCAACCGUACUGGUGAUGUUAUAGACUAUUUGCCAAAGGAACAAUGGUUUUUGACUAGCAAAAGUUUGAAUGAAAAGGCUGCUAUGUUAGUAAAGGGAGGACACUUAAAACUUAUACCUGACAAGUUUGUUAAAAAUUGGUUGGACUGGACGGGUGAUAAUAGAGAUUGGUGUAUUUCACGACAGUUAUGGUGGGGACACCAAAUUCCCGCAUACAAAUGCACCAAUGAUCAAAAUGUGGUAUGGAUACCUGCAACCGAGAAAGCUGAUGCUAGAACACAAGGUGCUAAAUUGUUGAGAUGUCUUCCCGAAGACGUCGAAACAGAAAAGGAUACAGACGUUCUUGAUACUUGGUUUUCGUCUGCAGUUUACCCUUUUGCUGUAUUAGGUUGGCCUCAUAGCAACGAAAACAAAGACUUUAAGCAAUUCUAUCCACUCAGUUUAAUGGCUACGGCUCAUGAUAUCUUAGGCUUUUGGGUGCAUAGGAUGGUGAUAUUAGGUUUGGCGCUCACUGACAAAUUACCAUUCAAUGAAGUUCUUUUACAUGGUUUAAUAUGUGAUAGCAAAGGAGCCAAAAUGUCUAAGAGCAAAGGGAACGUGAUUGAUCCUGUGGAUGUUAUAAAUGGUAUUAAACUAGAAGAAAUGAACAGUAAAAGUAAAAAAAUGUAUGCGAAUGGACUUUUAAGCGAAGAUGAAUUGUCUAAAGCAUUAGAUUAUCAUGAGGCAAAUUUUUCAAAUACUAAUGGUAUUCCUCGUUGCGGUGCUGAUGCUCUAAGAUUUACUUUGCUUUCACAUGAUAUAAAAUCACAUUUCAUUAAUUUCGAUGUGGCUAUGUGUAAUGCUAACAAACUGUUUUGCAAUAAAAUUUGGCAAAGUGUAAAUUACACGGGACUGGCUUAUACCAAACUGAAGAAAAUUGAUGGUAAAAUUACGACUGAUGAUCUCACAGUCUUUGAUAGGUGGAUACUUAGUAAACUGGCCAGUAUGGUUAAAACCGUUAACACCUCUAUGGAAAAUUACGAUUUCCACUUAGCUACUAAGGCUUUGAGACUUUUUACCUAUAAUCAAUUCUGUGAUUUUUAUUUGGAAACUACAAAAGCUGGGUUUGAGGACAAAAAUCCUAAACUUGGUUACGCCCAUGCGCAUACGCUAUCAGUAGUUUUAAACACCACACUUAGAUGUUUAGCGCCUUUUAUGAUUUAUUUAACUGAUGAAUUAAUAGAAAAAAUACCUAACUUCAAAUCUAAUAUUAUACACAAUUAUGUCGAUACUUUCAACGACUAUUUCGACUUUCCGAAAUAUAAAGAUUUUGAAAAAUGGAGGAGUGAUGAUGCCGAGAAAAAGGUUAAUGAUAUUAUGAAUACCAUUACUCAAAUCAGAGAGUUGAAAGGGCUAUACAAUAUUUCCAAUAAGCUAAGACCUGGUGUGUAUAUAAAUACUACUAACAGUACUUUAAUGUCAGAUUUUAAAAAAAAUGAAAAAACCAUUUUAAAUUUGACUAAAUGUUCUAAAUUAACAUUUGGAGAUACCCCAACUGAUUAUGUUCUCAAAACUACAAUAUCAAAUGAUACACAAGUGGGUUUAGAAUUAUCAGGAGAAGAGGCUAGAGAGGCCAUAUUAAGAGCUAGAGAAAAAUUACAUAAACGAAUAAUCAGAACGGAAGCAUUAUUGGCCAAGUUAGAAUCUAAGUAUUCCAGUAUUCACUACUUGACAACAGUGUCAAAGGAAGUUCAGAUGUCGGAUAAGGAGAAGUUACUAAAAAAGAAGAAAGAGUUGAAGGAGUUGCAAAAACUGAUAUAA